AUGUUCAAUGUGAUGAAACAAGUUUUGUUUUCCUCUGGAAUUGAGAGCCCAAAGUGGAAAGCUUUGGAAACUCAGACUUCAGAUUAUGAACUGCGGCAAUAUGAACCUACAAAGUGGGUGAGCACUGAGAUGUCAUCAAUAAAAGAAUGGGACAGCGCUGUUAGCAAAGGCUUCAUGCGCCUCUUCAGCUAUAUUCAAGGGAACAAUGAAAAAAAAAUGAGUGUUAACAUGACUGCCCCUGUGACCACAUACAUACAACCUGGAGAAGGGCCAGCAUGUGAAUCCACAAUCACCGUUUCAUUUUAUAUCCCAUCUGAACACCAGAAUGAUCCACCCAAACCUUCUGAAAGUGAGGUGUUUAUUACAGAAAGACCAGAGACUACAGUCUAUGUCAGGUCCUUUGGAGGGUUUACUAAUGAAGCAAAAAACAAGGAGCAGAUCCUGCAGUUGUCUGAAUGCUUAAAGCGGGAUGGAAAAGGUUUUGAUGAACAUGUCUACUACACUGCUGGCUACGACAGCCCAUUUAAGCUGUUAAACAGGCACAAUGAAGUUUGGUUGUUGGCAAAACAAUGAAAAUCUACACACAGAAUCUUCAUGGAUUGAUAAUAUAUGUCUGA